AGUUGAUAUUUUGCCGCGUUGCGAGAGGUGGAGGUGAUCGCCAGAACUUUGCAGCUCAAAGUGAAAUUUCCAAUCCCUGUUCCGUGUGUGGCCUAGUUAGAGCAAGUACAUCAAAAUCAAUUGAAGGUUAUCUGGACCCUUGGGAAUGUCAAUACAACUGCAUUCGUCGAGACACGUGCUGCGAAAGCUGCCUGCGAAACAAGUGACCUGGAAAACUUUUAGAAAUUUUGGUUAUGCAAACGGUUUUGUGAGAGAAAUUCGUGUGGCUGUGCUGUGCUGUAAAAGAAAUAAACUCGAAACUGCAGUCGUGGAAACAAAGCAAACUAUAUAUUUUGUAUUCAUUAUAUGCAUAUAUGUAUUUCAUGUGCUCAACGCACCACCUUCAUUGCAGAGCAAUCUUAUUUGAAAACUAUUUUUAUCUGAAAAAUAAAACUUUUGAUUUUCUUUUUCUUAAGAAUACUAUCGAUAAGGUCAAUAUAUCUUAUAUAGUGUUAAUUAAAAAGAACUCAAUCACAAAAAUAUACUAUUUUCAAGACCCUUGUAGAGCAGGCUUCUUCGGCCUCUAAUCGAUUAAGCUCCGAAGAAAGUCCAAGUGAGAAAAGAGAGGCUACGCAGAGAGCGAAGCUCGCUGUCUUUGUUGGCUCCAACAUGGCAACAUGGCUGCGCUCCCCACUUGGCACCACUCAAGUUGUCUUUUGUUAGGCAGCUCGACUCGAUUUUCGCACUCUUCUGCGAAAUGGUAGCGGUGACGGUGGGGGGGGGGGGGGUUGUUGAUAACAGCCGGUCACCAACUGGCGAUCGCAGCUUAUGUAUAUGUUUACAUUUUUACCCGGACACUCGAUCUCUAAACGAGCUGUAUUUCUGUGAAUACCCCCAUCAGGCUACCGAGUGGCCAUGAGUCCCCGUCCCCGUGAGAUCCUCGAGGAACCAGAACUGUCGCUGGACUCGUCCUCCUGCUACUUGCGAAAAUCUGGACAGGAUUGUGACGACAGCUGCCUGCUUGAUGGCCAACUGGUUGCGGAUUCGGUGGACGCAGCGCAUCAAUUUCCGUCCAAUGAGGAGCCCAAUAUUCUGGGGCAUGGACCCAACUACGACGACAAGCUGUCCAAAUUCAAAUGGCUGUGCAAUUUCGAUGAUGCCCCCAGUCACCUGAAGUUCAACCCGUACAUUCGUCGCGGAUACCGCACCUUUCUACCUUCCACAAAAAUGUGCCUGCAGAGCAUUUUCUGGUGGACCAAUGAGACGAUCAACAUCUGGAGCCAUCUGGCCGGUUGCAUCCUGUUCAUUGGACUGACCAUCUUCGAUCUGCAGUUCCUGCGCCUCCACGCCUCCCUGAGCGACCAGGUGCUGGUGGUCUGCCUGCUGGUCUGCUUCUGUCUGUGCAUGCUGAUGUCCGCCAUAUACCACAUCUUCUCCUGCAAAUCGGAGGAGCACUACGAGCUCUUUCUGUCCGUUGACUUCCUGGGCAUUUCGCUGUCGCUGGUGGCCAUCUAUAUCAGUGGCAUGUACUAUGCCUUCUGGUGCCACACCUUCCUGCGCACCCUGUACUCCACGAUUGCACUGGGCAUGUUCGCACUGGCCAUUGCCGUGCAGAUACCCCGUUUGAAUGUGUCCAUGAACGGCAAGGUGGCGGUGCUGCUACUCUGGUCUGCCUAUGGAAUCAUACCUCUGGGCCACUGGGCGGUGGCCAUGGGCGGUCUGGAGAACGAGCUAGUCAGGCUGAUGGUGCCCCGCAUCGUGCUCAUGUACUUGCUCUGCCUCGUCGCCUUCGUUUUCUAUGCGGCCAAGAUUCCGGAGCGCUGGUUCACCGGCAAGGUGGACUUCGUUGGGCAUUCGCACAACUGGUGGCACCUGAUCAUCGUGGCCGCCUUCUAUCACUGGCACAACACCGGACUGGUCUAUGCCGAGUAUCGCCUGAAUAACGGAUGCACUGCACCAGUUCUCUCCUAGAACUUGAAGAUCCGAACAUCUGAGUUAAGAUCCGAAGAUCCGAGGAGCGGAGAUGGAAUCCGGGACUCUAGUAGACUAAAGCUUAGUGUAAAUAGUUUAUGGGGCGCUCUUUAUCCGCUAAUAACUAAUAUUUAGUUGUAGUUGUUGACCGAUAUGAUUAAUUUAUGUUUAAUUUACCAAUUAGUUAGGGUUUCGUGUUAGACAAUCCAGAUCCAGAUAGUUGGCAUCGCAUAAGCGGCAAAAAGGUUUCUCUCUUUAUAUCCUAAUUGAUUUCCUUUAAUAUAUACAAUUAAACAAUGUCAAUGAAAUUGCAUGUGUCUUGAGCUGAAGCUGUGUUAGUCUUGUUGACUCAAUUUUUACAAUUCAUAAAAUGCAAAUACAAUAUCAAACGUACAAAGC